GAUUUUCGUUGGUCCUCAACCUGCUCUUCUCGUUUGGCAGCUCCUUGCUCCUUCCUUCUUCAGUUGGUUGAAGUUGUCCGAGUGUUGGAGGCGGUAUCGCAGCGUUCGUAUCUUCUUGACGGCAGUCCAGAUUGCGGAGAGAUCAUCGAUUUUCUCGAGUGCCUCCCAAGAUUAAAGGGGGUAUAAAUACGAUUGGCGUACGAGUGCCUCACACGGCGGCAGCACCUCUCGUUCAAGCCAGUGAAGUGGAAUAACCCCUCCUGACGUUCCGGGAGAUGGCUUUCUUGCGCCUGGCCUCCCGCUGGCCUGCCUUAUCCAAGUUUGGCGUCGCCAACCCCAGUCUACAUGGCAAGUCGCCUCCCCUGCGCAACGGCUUUCUGCCCCUGACGACGUCGUCUGCUGUGGGCAAGUCGGCCUCGGCCGCCGCCACCACAGAGGCCUUCCGUGGGGGUAGCAGCCAGGCUGUUGGGCACGCUCCUGGCCAGAGGAAGGAUGUCUUGGACUCCUCCUUCGACGAUGCACAUGCCGCCUACAAGAGUAAGACGACAUGGGAGAUCCUCCGAGCCUACAUUGUAUAUACCCUGUGCUCGUCGAGCUACCUGGUGGAGAACAACAUGAAGCUUAUGAAGAUCAUGAAGGCCGUCAUGGGGGAAAAGAUGUUCACCGCUCUCAUGAAGGGGACCUUCUACGGCCACUUCGUGGCAGGAGAGGAUCAGGAACGUAUUAGACCAACCCUGGAGAGACUGCGCUCAUUCGGCGUCAAGCCUAUCCUGGACUACUCCGUUGAAGAGGAUCUGAGUCAGGAGGAGGCCGAAAAGAGAGAGGUUGAGGCAGAAUCCCCUAUGUCGAGUGUAUCCGAGCUUGGCGAUGAGAAGGUGCAAGAUAUUUUUAGGCGUGCUUGGCUUAAAUGGAGUGCUCAGGUCCUUAACAGUAAGAAACAAAGUCAGUUAAUGUCAGAAUGGAGAGGCUCAAAAUUGUGCUUGGUUUCUGCUCAUGAAGAUCCUGUUCAUGGAUUGUACAUGGACGGUGAGGAUGGUCACUGGAAAGGAGGAGCAGGACGCAGUCUUGUGGAAGGUACAAUGCCACAGUUCCAUGUAGACAAGACAUUUGCUGACCGUCGUUACAAAGUAUCAAGUGCGAGAACCUACUUCUACCUGAACGAAGCUACUUGCGAACGAAACCUGGAGAUCUUUCAACAGUCUCUGCAAGCUGUGGCUGGAGCCACAUACGGAACAGGUCUUGCAGCUGUUAAGUUAACAGCUCUUGGAAGACCACAGUUGUUGCUUCAACUGUCUGAAGUUAUCAUGAGGACUCGUCAGUACAUGGCAGAAAUCACAGCCAAAACUGCUCAAGCUAAUCGGAGCUCUCCGGAAGACAAAGGCAACAUCAUAGGAAAACACAUUUCGCCUGAACAACUUCACCAGAAAUUGCAGCAGACUUGCAAACUCAGUGAAGCUCCAGUUAAGAAGUUCUUGCAAAAUGUGACUUUUGAUCAAGAAGGACUUAUUCAUUUAUUCCCAUGGAGUGGUAUCAUUGAUGAGAACUUGGAGCUUAGUGAAACAUUCCUUGUCCCAGACAUUAAGAGUGGAAAGAUGGUACGAUUACUUACGCAGCUUUCCUCCAAAGAAGAAGAGAUGUUCCGAAAUAUGAUUAGGCGGAUAAAUGUUCUAGCUCAGACAGCGGAAGACCUGGAUGUGCGUAUGAUGGUUGAUGCAGAACAGACUUACUUCCAGCCUGCUAUUUCCCGAAUCACCCUGGAGUUUAUGCGCAAAUAUAAUUCUAAAAAAGCUCUUAUUUUUAAUACUUACCAGUGUUAUCUGAAGGAUACAUUUAAUGAAGUUGUGACUGAUCUUGAACAAGCCAAGAGGCAAAACUUCUACUUUGGUGCUAAGCUGGUCAGAGGUGCAUACCUAGAACAGGAGAGGGCUCGUGCCGCCGCCCUUGGUUAUAAUGACCCAACAUGUCCAUCUUUUGAAGCAACAAGUGAAAGCUAUCACACUACUUUGACUGAGUGCUUGCGACGUAUCAAGGAUCUUAAGUCUAAGGGGAAACCGAACAUGAUUGGCAUCAUGGUUGCUAGUCAUAAUGAAGAUACCGUCCGUUAUGCCAUUGAAAAAAUGAAGGAAAUUGGAAUUUCUCCUGAGGAUAAAGUGCUCUGCUUUGGUCAGCUUCUGGGAAUGUGUGAUUACAUCACUUUCCCUCUUGGACAAUCUGGCUACUCUGCAUAUAAGUAUAUUCCUUAUGGUCCUGUGAAUGAGGUCCUGCCAUAUCUAUCAAGACGAGCUCAAGAAAACAAAGGUAUCUUGAAGAAAAUCAAGAAGGAGAAGAAGCUUCUUCUGCGAGAGCUGUUUUUCCGUAUCUCAAGAGGGAAGUUUCUCUAUACUCCAAAGGGUGACUACACCCCAAUUUAAUGUCUCAGUAUGUGUCUUCAGAACUGCAAAGACAAAUUGUCUGUGAUGUACUUCGAAUAUAUUGCAAGACCUAAGCUGUUUCAAUUUAGUUAUUCAGCUGUGAUCAAGGUUGCCUUGUAAAGGAAGUGUGCAUGUGUUGAAUUGAAUGUUGUUAGGGUCAGUGAAUCCAUUUUUCAUUACCAUUUUGUUCUCUCCAAAGAACUCAACAAGAGUGCUUCAUGGUAAUCCUCAGGGAAGCAAAUUGUGAGAGUUAGUGACUUGCCAUAGUUCUAUGAGCUAAUAUUGGUCUGACAGGGUUCUUGGCGUUUAUGUGCUAGCUUUGCACCUCACCACCUGUAUUUUAAUUUAUUCACAAGUAUUUUUUUUUCCAUGAGUGGUGUUAUGCAAAACGCAUUAGAAGUCAUGUUGUAAGGUUUUGAUUUUUAAGUUUCGUCAAAUACGUUGGAAGCCUCAGAAUAUUUGCAAUGAAUGUUAGAGGAAUGUAAAGGUCCUGAAGUGGUUCGCUUUGUAGCCCACAGUUGUGAUUUUUGUCUUAUGCCUAUGCUAUAACUUAGAAAGUAAUCAGUGGCUUAGUUUAAAAUGUAUGAAUGACUGGUUUGAAAAUGAAUUAGUUAAAAUGUCAGGAUUCAAUUCUAAAUUUUUGGUGCAAGCUGGUUAAUAAUAUCCAAUUUUUUUUUUUUGUGUGUGUGUAUUUAAAAAAAGAAAAAUGAAGUGUUAAUCUAUGGCGACAGAAGGCCUCAAUCUGGUACUUAUGUAUAUUUAAGUCUAUUUAAAUAAUUGAUAAGACCAGUGUUUUCCAAAUCAAAUCUGCUUUUUGUUUUUGUUUGUAUGGUACGUAUUGUUUUAAUUGUUAUUUUAAUUUUAUGUUUCAGACUUAAGAGAUUUUGUUCUAGUUAUAAUCCCUCCAAUGGAUGUGCAGUGAAUCUCAAUCAGGCUUUGCAUAGUUCUGUAAUAGAACUUUAGGUUGUGAGCUGUAUUUUUAUUUUGAUAAACACAAAUGAAAAUGGUCAAUCCAUGCACUCCGACGGGGGGAGGCAAAUAGGGAAUUAAAAAUUUCUCUUUUGACUCAGAGUUAGUUAAUUACAAAGAACUGAUCCUCAAUAAUGAUUGCAUCCAUCUUUUUUCUAAAGAAGCUGUUGUUCAAUAGACUUAAGGAGGAAAAAUGAAGUAACUGUUCCAAUGUUUAAGUCCAUAAAUUAGAGCAGUUACUGACAAUAUCUAAUUUUUGCUCUGACAACUGUUUGUUCAUACAUUCUCUACCUGUUAUACACACUUGUAAUGGCAUCAGUUUGUUCAAUUCACAUUGUCUGUUUGAAACUCUUGUUCUGCUUUUUUAACCAUUUACUUAUGAAGUAGAUUAAACAUUUUAUGAAGGUUGCUGUUGGGGGCAUUUGCCCCAGAGACAACAGUUCCAUAAAGUUUGUUACUUGGCCAGUACGUCAAUUUUGAAUCAUUUCCUCUCUUUAAGGGGAUUUUCAAUAACUAUCCCUAACCAGGAUUUUACUAUUUUCUGUUCAGUUUAAGGAACAGGUUACGUCUGUGUUUUCCUAUAUUAGAAAUGCAUAUGAGGCUCUGCGAACUAUGUAUCUUUCAGCCUUUGUUUUUAUUUUUGAAUAGAUUUUUCUCUUCUAUUUUUCAUGUGCAGGAUCAGGUAUCUGAAUCUGUGCUGUUAAGGAAAUUAUGACUUGGAGAAGUUGUCUGACUGCUCUAUGCAUAUUUCCUGUAUGUUAGUAGAAACCAACUCAAGAAGCUAGUCUGUGAUUACUUUGUCUUUUUUUUCUUUACCAUUCUAAUCUAAUAAAUACAAUACUGAUGCA